CUAGGUAAGACUGGACUGGGUGUACGUCUAGCUGCUGUUGAAGACGAUGAUUACAGAUGCGCGCAAGAAGACCUGUACUGCUGUAGCAAGAGACACCAGUAACUGAUAUAACAGGCUCCCUGCAUGUACAUGUAACUGAACUGAAGAUCUGCAAAGCAAUGGAGCAAGAGUUAGUCGAGCAAGGACUGGACAGUGUUCUUUUUGAUGUGUGGCAAGCUAUAGUUCUACCUAUGUUGUCAUUUGCUGACAUCUUUCAGCUAUGCGGAGUUACGAGACACGUCCGGGAGCUGCUGCACAAUGAAAACACAUUCAGGCGUCUAUGUGAGAAUCGCUAUCAGAUUAGUCCUUAUUUGAAAGUCUCAUAUAUCAGAUUUGCCAGGCUUCUCUGCAUCGCCACCAGAGUAUCCAGCAUACAUCAAAGCAUAUACUGGACAGACGUUGUUGAUAGCCAUGAUCGCCAUGACCAUAGAACGGUCUUCAAACAAAGGGAUAGAAUGAUUGUGCAAUUGUCCAGCCUGGCGUUGACGCCGCCUACAACAAGGGCCCACACUAUAAUGCGGACCAGCCCACGGCUAUCAGAGUCUUUGAUCAACACGCUCUGGCUUGAACCAGACGUCCUUUGUUCCUACCUACCUAACCUUUCAACUUCAUUGAUUGAGGAGAAAUGUGGAGUCGGUGGACAGCAUAUGUACAGUUUAGAAGAAGUGACGAGUUUGUUGUUUGAGAUGUCUGGCUCCGAAGUCGAAUACCAAACAGAUAUCCUUAAAAAAUUGGAACACGAUAUUUCGGAAACCGCGUCAUACUUGCCCUACGUGAGCCGCUCCUGCCGGCUAGUGGAGAUUGCUAAAUGCUUCGAAAGCGUUGCAAGGAGGGAUACAACAUUGCUCUCAUCACUAAAAUGUGAGAAUCUGAUACCAACACUUCCUGAACACAUUACUACUUGGUGGAGCUAUAACCCAUACGACUGCCUAGUAGUCCACGAGUAUAGCAGCAAACUCAGCGAUGACGUGUUGGCCACUCAGAAUUGGAUCAACUUCACGGCAAAGGUAGCAGAGCUUCACUCCGUUCUCAAGCUUCUGAUCAAAGGUAGACUGCGUGUAUGGCAAUUGGAGGAUUACUUCAUGGCUGUCAUAGAGUAUGACGAGUUCUGGAACACUCUACCCCAGUCUAGUCGCCCAAAUCGGGAUGUUCUCUACGGUGACCUGGGAAGCUACCUACUUUCCACAUUGCCAAGGUCGCAGCGAGAAAAGAAACUGACAAAACAGAAACUGCUGACCGCCAUGGAACGGUGUGGCAAGAAGACUGUUGACCGUACAACUACUAAAGUGUGUUGCAGCCCACGUGUUUCUUCCUGUGUGCUGUUGUAGUUGUGGUUGUUGCAUCGCCGCAGAGGGCACUCUGGCCUAUGAAGCAAUGCCAAUAGUUAACUCUGGCAAUUACGGGCUUCCUCGACUCUUGGCCAAUUGGAUUGUACUUCAUCUUUCCUUCUUUCUCAGUACUUCGAAGUACCGGGGGAGGGGG